GUUUCCGGUAAAUAGAGGAAUCCCUGCCACCGCUAAUCGUGUUGUUACAGCUGCCUACUUUCGCUUUUGAUCCAGGAUUGCAACAGAUUACAGAUUUGAUGUGUUGUCGAGUCUCAGAAAAUGGAGCUUGGGGAUAGUGCUUUGACUAUUGCAAUUAACGCAGUUAUGUCUCUGACAGCAUUCUUUUUAUGCUUGAACAUUAUUCCAAAAUUUAAGGAAAUGUUUCUUCAGGCAAAUUUAUGUGGCAUCGACCUAAAUAAACAAAAUAAAACAAAAAUGUGAGUAUUAAUUUAAAAUUAUAUUACUGAUGACGAUGAUAUACUGAAGUGAAGUGAAGUGAGUAGCUUUAGUAGCUACCACUGACUACUGUAAUUGUGGGCCUAGACAAAAGUAUGAUAAUUACUAUGACUAUGUCAAUAUUUUCAAAUACCGUAAGUCGUAAGAAAAAUUCAGAUACUACAGAGGCUGGAAAAUUUGACGACUUUGACUAGAAAUGUUUGAACAAACAACUCUGAACUCUUGGCUCAAAUUCAAACUGAAACAAUAUACAUUUAACUUACAAAUCUUUUUGUUUUCCCUCUGGUUAGCCCCGAAGCACUUGGUGUAGUGUGUGGUGCAGUGUUUCUGUGUACAAUGUUCCUCUUCAUGCCGAUUCCAUUUUACAAACAGUUGGCAGAAAAUACACCAGGAAAAUUUCCUCAUCAUGAGGUAUAGUAUAGUCACAGGCAUAUGAUUAUUGUAUACUUUAUACAUAUAAUCGACUAGUAUUAAUAAUAAUGAAAAAUAUAUUUAAACAUUUUUAAAAAUCCUUUUCAAAUUUAAUUGAAAUUGUCUUGAUUUUGAAUCUGUUUACAGUACAUCCACUUCUUGGCUGCACUUCUGUCUAUUUGUUGUAUGGUGUUCCUUGGAUUUGCUGAUGAUGUCCUUGACCUGAGAUGGCGACACAAGCUUUUGUUACCAACGUUCGCAUCAUUGCCACUUCUCAUCGUCUAUUUUAUCAAUAUUAAUGCCACAAAUGUAAUCAUGCCAAAGCAGCUUCGAUGGCUUGUUGGUGAAGAUUUAAAUUUAGGUAACAUUUCGUAAAUCAUUUAUUCCCCUUGAUCAGAAUUAAAUCUGUUUGAUACAUUUAUAAAGUUAGCAAAUCUUUGUUGUGCGCUGAUUGCUGUUUCACUCUAGCUUAUGAAAAUGCCUAUACAACUAACAAGUAGAAUAACUGUAAAUUUUUAGUUUAUUCUUUCUGUAUUUAUUUGUUAAAAUUUCAUCAUAUUAAUUAUUUACAGAAGUAGCUUUUUUCUUUACUUUUCAAUUCUUUACUUAUUGACAGGACCAUUGUAUUAUCUGUAUAUGGGGAUGUUGGCUGUGUUCUGUACCAAUGCCAUCAAUAUUCACUCUGGUGUCAAUGGAUUAGAAGUUGGACAGUCCUGUAUCAUUAGCAUUUCUGUUCUCAUUUUCAAUUUUACAGAAAUGCAAGGUUUGUGCACUAGUAUGACUUUAUAAAAGAGUUAAAUAACUAUUAAAAUUUUAUAAAUAAUAAAUGUACUUAAAGUUUUUCUUUUUAAUUUCUCCUAUAUUGAUUCGAUAUAUGAAAUUCUCCUCUUGUAAUAAAUAUCAUGACUUUGAAAGAAACAAAAAUGAGAUCUUUUUAAAACCUUUUUUUUCACAGGUGGUAACAGACUAGGCCAUGUGUUUUCUAUCUAUUUUAUGAUGCCAUUUCUAGCUGUCAGCGCAGCCUUAUUAAUUCAUAAUUGGUAAAAAAAAUCACAUCUUAUUUUGUGAACAAACUAAUAGUAAACAUGCAUGUUAUGAAUGUCAUUUUCAAAUUAUCUUAAUUCAAAUGACUUAGAAUUUUUAAAAUUGACUUUUCAAUAACAGACUCGGUUAUUUCUGGUUGGGGGCGGGGGAUUCUAUUUGUUUUAAAAUAUUCAAGGUAUAGGGUCUAAACAUCUCUAGUUUUUAUCAAAAGGCAGAAACUAAAUUUUUUUUUUAAUGUCCCAAAGUUAUUUCACCGGCUAUAAUUUAACUGAUACGGGUGCAGCUAAUUUAACUGAUAAGGGUGCAGCUAUUUAAUUUAAUGCUUAGGCAGCUAAUGUUUUUGGCUGCUGUAUUCUGACUUCAUAGGUCAAGCUGUUUUUUUUUACUCCUAAGAUACCUCCUUCCCAAGAAAUGCUACAUUAUGGGUUUGAUGAGUCUAUUCUGGCCAGCUCUUGGUCCUUAUUGUUAGGUCGGACCACAUUACCUAUUACCUCCUUGGCUAGAACAAAACAACUUUACUAUUGUAUCAUGGGCCAUGAAAUCAGUAGUAUUUAAAAGUAUAAGUAAUAUGUGGAGCUGGAGAAAACAAUGUCUCUAGCUUAAAAUCUCAGACUUGGCUCUCAGACAAAGUUCUAAUGAAUAAGAAAUUAUGAUUUUCUCAAAAUGUAGCUACAGCACAAGAAAAUUUGAUUUCUAUUUUUUUAUUGUCUAUCAGGUACCCUUCUAGAGUUUUUGUUGGUGACACCUACUGCUACUUUGCUGGCAUGACUUUUGCUGUGGUUGGGAUUCUAUCCCAUUUCAGCAAGACCAUGCUCUUGUUCUUCAUACCCCAAGUCUUCAACUUCCUCUACUCCAUACCCCAGCUAUUUCACUUUGUCCCAUGUCCCAGGCACAGACUACCACGGUAAAUUAUAUAAUAAUAUACAUGAAGUAUCAUUAUUUUUAUGUCCCAGGCACAGAAUGCCAUUGAUAAUUGAAUAAUAAUAAGAGAUUGGCUUGACAAUAUAACUUGUGGAUUUUUGUUUAUUUACUGAAAUUAUAAUGGUAAGGAAUAUUUUUCUAUGAAUUUUUUCUUUUUUUUUUUCUUGUCAGGAGUUUUAUGUGACAAAAUAAUCUAAUACCACUUGAAGGAGUCUAGUCUAUCAGUUUAACAUCUCUGGCCCAAAUGUUAUCUUGUGUUCCCAAAAGACAACAAUGCCAGAAAAAGUUCCAUUUAAUUCUCAACAAAUAACCUUGCAGACUAAGAGCUUGAAUGCCGAUGCUUAUUCAUUGUAAAAUCAUUUGAAUGCAGCAGCUGGAAUGAAGCUUCUUUACGCAAAAGUAUUACCUCAACUUAAGUGUAAUAUUUUUUAGACCUUUUCAAAAUUAAAUGGACUUGUGAACAAAUGUUGUUUUUUUAAAAAGCUGCCUCUGCCUCAAUCCUUACAGGCUAAAACCUGACCUUGGUAAACUUGAUAUCAGCUAUUCUGUUUUCAAGACUGGCAGCCUCAGUAGACUUGGACAAUUUUUUAUUCAGCUUUAUUCCUUCUUUGGUGUGAUAUCUGUUCAACAGGGUGUAGGGGAACACGGUCAAUAUACACAGGUAAGCAUUGUCUUUACUCAAACUAGAAAGUAAUAGCAAAAAUAUGCUUAAUUUAAGAUCAACUUAAUUGUAAACCUCUUGAAUAUUCUCCAAUUGUUUUUUUUUUAUCCUCUUCAGGUUAAUAAUUUCACCUUGAACAAUUUUAUGCUGAGGAUAUUAGGCCCUCUUCAUGAAAGGACCUUGGUCAUCAUUCUACUCUUCAUACAGGUAAGGUGUAACAAGCCUGUUGCUGACCUUUGUGUUAAGAUAAUAUAAGAUACUUUUAUUGAUCUAAGGAAAUGGACAUUUUUUUUUUUUAUUACAUUGUACAUAUUCAUUUUCAGCACAUAAAUAAACACGUAUUUUAACCAAGACAACAUUUACAAUUAUAGCAAUUUCAACACAUGACAAAAAGGUAUUUCUCUAUCCUAAAUAUUAGCCAUCAUAGACCGAAAAAAAAUUAAAUUGCUUAGUAACAAUAAUGACUUGAUUAGUGGUCUUUUAGAUUUGGUAACUGCUGGGGGAGCAGGCUCGUAAUUUCGUAUAGAUUGGGAAACAAAAUGAUUUUGAUAUCCUUCGGUUUUAACUUAAAGAGAAAGAAUUUGCCCUGAUCGAGCUUAUCUAAGUACUUGUGAUGAAGAGAGUGGGAUGUAUCAUCCCAAAUUUUAAAAAAGUUUCACAACAGCAUUUUUCUUUCAACAGUUCUUCAAGUGACAGAUGGUUAGUUUUUGUGAUCUUACUAGCUUUCUUGGGUAGUCCUUUUAAUUGGUUAAGACCUCAUCAUCCUGCAUUGUGACACAGACUUUCAGAGCUAGCGUUUACUAUUACAAAUGCUAAUACCCUGAAAACAAAAAAAAGGAUUUUCUUAUUUUAAAUGUUUAAGUAGAACAUAUGUUUAUACCUUUUUUUUUUUUUUCAAGUUAUGUUUAAAUGUUAUAACAAAAAGUAAUUGUUUUGUAAAGGAUGUUUGGUAUUAAUGACAGUAUUAAAUAUUCUUUGGCUAAUGCUUUGAUCUCCAAUAACCUCUUCCUUGAAAAAGCUCCAGCAAAAAAUACAGGUGAAAAUGUGGAACAAAUGUUUUCAAAAAUUGAAUGCCCCGUCAAUAAAAAAAUUUAAUUGAUGUAUCGUUUUUCCUUUCUACUUUGCAGAUUAUCUUUAGUGGUGUUGCAUUUAUCAUCAGAUACCAGUUGGCAAAAAUAUUUUAUGAUCAUUAAGAGAGCUGAAACUCUUAAACCUUACCACAUCCUGGAUGUAGUAAUUAUUUUCUUAGAUUAGGUGUGCAAUACAACAAUUUAAUUAAUCAUAGUUAGCAAAGUGUCUCAGAAUAUAGGUUUUUUAUUAUUUAGCUGUUGUCAGGAGACAAAAAGAUACUACAAGAAUUAGGAGGGAACCGAACGCAAAAUUCAAAGUUGAUUGUGUUUUUGUUGACUAUAUUUUGCUUUUUGUGAAAUAAUGAAUGGCACAUUUGAAUGAGUUAUGUUUUAUAUUUCUAAUUGUAAAAACUCCUGCUGCCUCCAACUACAGUAGUAAGGAAAUGUAUAGUUCAGAGCCAAAUGAAGUAACAGCUUGUGUUAAUAUUCAUUUUGUUAAUUAGAAUUUUAAACAUAAUUUCUGCCAUUGUGAUGAUUAUGAACAGUUAAAUUCUAAGUUCACUGUCUUAUAAUAUUUUUUAAAUGCCAUAAAAUAUUCCAAAUGUAUUUUUAAAAUUUAUGCAAGAAACUUGAAUGUUAAACAGAUUUUACUCUACUUGUAGAGUUGUUUGAAUGCAUUGUGGAAGUCAAACAUUUUACAGAUGGCUAUGAAUUGAGUUAAAUGAUCAAUAAUGAAGCAAAUUUUCUAAGAAAUAAUUAUUUUUUUUGUAAUAAACUUACUUAAUUCUUUUUUAUUUGAUAUUAUUCAAUUUAUAGAACAUAAUUAGUAUUUUAAAGAUGAUUGUAAACUCUUCUUAGAUCUUUUUAUAUAUUUAAUGUUGUGUCUGAAUGCAAGAAUGUUCAAAAUGUAAAGAAAAUCAAACUUAAAACAAUACCCUUAAUAACUUACAUUGAGCUGAACACACAAAAAUUUGUCUUGUCAAGGUGUGUCUAGCUGUAGCUUAGCAUCGUUGGAUUGUUAUGCUUUAAAUAUUGAUUCACUUCCAUAAAAAAAAAUUUUUCAUGAAAGAUUAGCACUUUCCUGCUUUAUUUAUAAUAUUUACUUAAAAUUUAAAUCUAACAUUAUUUUAGUCUUUUUUUUUUGCCAGAUUUUCUUUGAAUAUUUGAAAAAAGAUUAUUGUUUGUCAGUGUUUAUCCGAUUAAAAAUGUUCAACCUUCUGGCAAUAACAAUGACAAACACUUAAGUUUCUAACUAGUUUCUAUUUCUUGUCGUAUUUUCAUUUGUCCUGUCUGCUGAGGAAGGCUCUUAGCCGAAAUUUUCUUCUCUUAUUGUCCAGUAUUUUUAUUCAAGCUUCCAAAUACCUUGUUCUACUAUUCCCUUAUAAAUUUUACUUUAUUCAAACAAUAAUGUUCUCUAACUUAUAUGCACAUUGGGAUGUGGAGUUCAAGGAUUAACCAUCAGACAUUAUAUAAUUUCAUGGCUGUGAAUGGUUGAAUUAAUACAAGUCUAUUGCUUUUUAAUUAUUAUCUUAUAGUAAGAUGUAUGUUUCUAUUAGAUCCAUCAUCCUGUAUUUUAAUUGUUUCUUUUUGUAAAGUGUUGAAAAUUUUGAAAGUUUUGCUUCUUUGUUAAAAUUACCAGAGUUUGCUGUAAAUGUAAUGAGGGUCUUGCGGGGAAAACUCUUAAUCUGAUUAUUAAAAUAAAAAUAUAAAACAGCU